CAGGAUUUUCAAGCCGGUUUCUCCAUCGUUUCAACCUAAAACAGAAUGGCAAAGCGGUUUAGAUGUGUCGAAUGCAAUAAGGACGCCCACGAGCUUCACAGAGAUUACAGUAAUGGGAUCUUGAAGAUAACCAUAUGUGGAUCCUGCCAAAAGCCGGUAGACAAGUACAUUGAAUAUGAUCCCGUCAUUAUUCUGAUUGAUGCCAUUUUAUGCAAAACUCAAGCAUUCAGACACAUUCUGUUCAACACUACAUUGAACAUUCACUGGAAGCUGUGUGUGUUUUGCCUACUGUGUGAGGCCUACCUGAGGUGGUCACAACUUCAGGGAUCUGAGCAGAGCAAUGACCCUGCAGACAUCAUUAGAUACACCAAGGAAUGGGAUUUCUAUGGCAUGUUUGGGGUGGCAGCUCUUGAAUUGGGUGCGUUUUCUGUCGGAGUGCUGUCCUUCCUGUGGCUGGUUCAGUGGUUGCUUGGCUUUGACUUUGAACUGAGCUUACUGCUGAAAGCCCUCCUGCUGUCCAGCUAUGGCAAAGUCCUGCUCAUCCCUGCAGUCAUAUGGGAGCAUGACUACUCCCCGCUCUGCUUCAGCCUCAUCAAGCUGUUUGUGCUCACGUCCAACUCUCAAGCCAUAAGAGUCAUUCUAAACUGCAGCAGAAGGCUCUCCCUGAUGGCUGUGUGUGUGGGUCUGCUGUUAGAAACGUGCGUAGCCCAGGCGUUGCAGACGCUUCCAUGGAGCAUACAGGACAUCCUGCCGUUCCAGUGACCUGUUUCAGGCCAGUCCUGAAAAUCACACUGUUACAAUGGCACCUAUUACACCCUGGACCAGAGUGGUGAGGAGAGACUGGCAGUGCUGUGUGGAGUGUGCCUAGUGAUAUACAGUGAUUUCCAAAAGUAUUUGGACAGUGACAGUUCUUUUGGGUUUGAAAUUAUACAAUGACUGAUGUUAAAGGCCCAGUGCAGUGAAACAUUAUUUUUUUCCUGUUUUGUAUCAUAUUGUACAACAGCUGAUGAAACUGACACUGUAAUAAUGUAAACAAUUUAUUUCCUGAUUUGCUAGUUUUCUCUUCCCUACUCAGACCACUCCCAGAUUGUCCUAGCAGAAUUCCUGCUUGAGAAAUAUUUGUUUGCUAAAAAAACUAUUUUUGUGAAUUUUGAUGGAAAACUAAUACAGUAAGGUACCUAAUUGUUACCCAGAAAUUAUUUGAUCUUAUUAUAAAAAAUAGUUGCAUUGGGCCUUUAAAGUUCAGACUGACGGCUUUAAUUUGAGGCCAUUUUCAUAUCAGUUGAACCGUUCAGAAAUUACAGAACAUUUUGUACAUUGUCCCCCCAUUUUAGGAAACCAAAAGUAAUUGGACAAAUUCACUUAUCUGUAUUAAGGUAUUCAAAACUUUAGUAAUUGUUCCCAUAUUCCUAGCAUGAUAUGACUAGAUCAAGCUUGUGACUCUACCAACUUGUUGGAUACAUGAUAUUUAUGCCUCUAUCCUUCUCACUCAUCAUUAUUCACGAUUCAUUCAGGAUUAUCUGUAAUCAUGGUAGCAUCCACAUUAAUGUAGAAGUGUUUAGAAACAUAUUCUAUUCUUAUUUACAAUAAAAGAGACUCCAAAAUGACAGAAUACAUUAUUUACCCUUCAUUUCUAUUGAAGCACAACCAAAACAAACUGCAAAUGCAUCCAACAAGUUUGUAUUCAUUCACAAGCUUGAUGUAGUUAGUCAUUGAGUGCUAGGAAUAUUGUACCAAACUGCUGAUACACAUAUAAGUGAAUUUGUCCAAAUACAUUGGUUCCCUAAAAGGGAGGGACUAUGUACAAAAAGUGAUGUAAUUUUGAAACGGUUCACCCAAAACAUUUAUAAUAAUCAAAUAAAAAAGAUGAUAGUCUACAUUAACUGCAAUUGAACCUCAUAGUCAUUGUAUCAUUUCUAAUCCAAAGUGCUGGAGUACAGAGCCAAAACAACAAAACAUGUGUCACUGUCCAAACACUUCUAGGCAAAUACUGACACUAUGGACCUGACAACAACCUCUCUGUUGGGAUUGGAGUUACUGAGGCCACGGGACAUUCCUGAGGCUAUUUGUCAAAAUAUCCACCACUAUAGAAAGCGAGGUAGCACAUAGUGAAUGUAUUCUUAAUUCCAUGCAAUGCCAAAAACCACAAACUGUGUAUAAGCAAAACCUACUUUGAUAUGGAACAGGUGUGUGUGUGUGUGUGUGUGUGUGUGUGUUACAGAAAGAAUUUGCAAUGAUGGGCUUUACAGUAAUCACAUUUAUUGUCUUAAAUUGUUUUGAAUUUAAGAUGUAAAAAAAAGAGCAAUACUCUCUUGGUGAUCAAGCCUGUAUGAUUAAGACUAGGAACUGUGGAAUGAUAAGCAUUUGACACACAUGCUCACAGAGGCUGGCUUUAUGUGCUAUGGCCCCUUGAGACCAUCUAAUCGGUUAUGUAGUGCAUAGCCAGCUAUCAGUCUGCAUAUUUCCUGACCAAAGCCAGCUGCUUUGUUGGUAUUUCUUAACUGUAUAAAGCACAUAAAUCUGUCCACUGGGAAUGCUGUUGUUGUAUGCAGACAGAGCCUAAAGUCAGUGUGAAUAAAAGUAUAUUUUUGAUAACUCACCGAU